AUGAAACUUUUCUUUAUAAUUUUUACAACAUAUAUCUUAAAUUUAUACAAGAAACGAACUUAAUGUUGCAACAAAUUAAAUCAAUAAUAAAAUCGAAUAAACAGCAUUAGUAAUUCUUUAAAAUUAAUUAAUUGAUUUGCAAAAAUAAAUAAAAUUAGUUCUCAUGUAAAUUAUAACACGUACGAAAAUUGUGAACAUUUAUUACGAUAAAUAUUUAAUAUAAUUCAACUGGAUAUAAAAUAUCAAAAUUAUUUCUGAAAAUAUUGUAAAAUUGAAAUAAGUAUACAUAAUAGAAAGGAUAAUAUUGUAAUUAUGCUUUCUUUUGUGAUAUGAGAUGCAUAGACGUCGUCAUUUUAAUUCUGAGUCGGACGAAACAAAUUUAACAACAGCUAUUGUUGUUGAUGAAAUUUCGAACGAUAACAAUUUAAACCAUAAACAAAAUCCUGACCAAUAUAUAGAAGAAGAUAAAUAUUCGAAAACUUGGAAUUUUCGUAAUUUAUCAAAUCGUAUUCAAAUUACGUCUGGAAACGCAUUUAGAUCUUGGAUCCCAUCUGUUGUUAAUUUUGAUCCAAGCAGCGUAACAGCAGCAGUAAAAACUGCUGUAAUUGGUAAUCCACAAAACUCUUUUGAAAACAGUGAAAAUUUAAACCACGUUAAUUCGAGUAGAGAUUUAUAUUUGGAAGAAGAAGAAGAGUUUGAUAAAAGUUCCGUAGAAGUUAUGGCAUCGCGAGAUAGAACUGGAGAAUUUGGCAAUGCCAUCAGAUUAUUACAAAGCAGAAAUAUAUCAAGAGCUGUUAAUAUAAAAGAUCCUAAGAAAGCCAAACAAAUUCAAAGUUAUUCUGAGUUUAUGAUGGUAGCGAAAUAUGUUGGAAAAAAUAUAGCAAGUACAUAUGCAAAAUUAGAGAAACUCACCCUCUUGGCUAAAAAGAAAAGCCUUUUUGAUGAUAGACCACAAGAAAUUCAAGAAUUAACUUACAUUAUUAAAGGUGAUUUAAAUGCUUUAAAUCAACAAAUUGCAAAGUUACAAGAUAUUUCAAAGGAUCAACGUCGAUCUGUAAAUGGCAAACAUUUGUUAUCACAUUCCUCAAAUAUGGUUUUAGCCUUACAGUCUAAAUUAGCUUCAAUGAGUACAGACUUCAAACAGAUUUUAGAAGUUCGCACUGAAAAUUUGAAGCAACAAAAAACUCGUCGUGAUCAAUUUGUUCAAAAUACUGCUCCUUUAAGGCAAAUUGUGUCUCCCCAGGUAACAAAAAAUGGUGGUAGUUUAUUGUUGGCUGAUGAACAGAAUAAUCAAGUUAGUAUUGAUAUGUCCAAUGAUGAAACAAAAGCAUUAAUACCACAACAGAGACAGGAAAUGCUACUUUAUGAUGAAACUGAUAAUUACUUACAGCAAAGAGCUGAAACAAUGCAAAAUAUUGAAAGCACUAUAGUUGAGUUAGGUGGCAUUUUUCAACAAUUAGCUCAUAUGGUAAAGGAACAAGAAGAAAUUGUGGAACGUAUUGAUACAAAUAUAAUUGAUGCUGAAUUAAAUAUUGAAGCAGCUCAUGGAGAAAUUUUAAAAUAUUUUCAGAAUGUGUCUAAAAAUCGUUGGUUAAUGAUUAAAAUAUUUGGUGUAUUAAUAUUCUUUUUUGUAUUCUUUGUUGCGUUUUUGAGUUAAAAUUUAUAAUCAAAAUAUUUUAAUUGUUUUUAAAAUCUUUAUUAAAUUACAUACAUAUAUAAAGAAUCUGUAGUUACAAAUUUUUAUUUAAUCUUCACAUUAAAAAUUUUAUUUAAAGAUUAGGUUAACUAAUUUUUUGUUUUGCAAAAAUGUAUUAUAUAAGUAAUUUGUGCUUUCAUUCAUGUUUAUUCAAAAAUUUUUAAAAUAUAGUUAAAAAAAAAUUUUUGUGAUAAAAAUAUUGUAAAAUUUUCAGGGUAAUGAAAAAUAAAGAUUAUUUAGGACAUAA